AUGGCGCAUUCAUCUCAACGAGGAAAACUUUUGGCCGUCAUUGGAGACGAAGACACCGUUGUUGGCUUUAUGUUAGGUGGAAUUGGUCAGCUGAACAAAGCCCGGAAGCCAAACUAUUUUAUUGUUGACAAGAACACGACUACUACCGAAAUUGAAGAGACCUUCAAGAACUUUGUCAGCAGAGACGAUAUCGCCAUUGUGCUGAUCAACCAACACGUCGCCGAGCUUAUUCGAUUUACUGUUGAUCAACAUACAGCCUCGACUCCGGCUGUUUUGGAGAUUCCAUCAAAGGAAAUGCCGUAUGAUCCGGCCAAGGUGAGAUUUUUAUUAUUUCGCUGCUUCCGGUAUUUAGAAACGAGGUAAAUGGCUGUAAGAUGCUACCAGGAGGAUUUUAACCCGCAAAAAGCGCAAAGAGUUCGUUGAAACUCCAAUUUCCGACAUUACUUUAGUACAUGAAUGUUAAUUUGAUCGAACACUUCGGUGAUCCUUCUAGGAAUUGCAGCAUUUUACUAUCAAAAGUUCCCCCAAUUCAGUUAGCAACUGUUUCCACUUAGAUAAUUACAAAACAUUCAAUUGAUUCCAUAAAAAAUCCAAUUUUCUUACCUACAUCAAUAUUUCAGGACUCGAUUCUGAACCGAGCUCGUGGUAUGUUCAAUCCCGACGACUUCUAAACUCGAUGACUUUAUUAUCAUUUUUUAGCCGCUAAUUUUUCAUAUUCCCAGUCUUCACUUCUUAUUUUUUGAUUUUAGGCCGUCUUUCUUCAGUUCCAAUCCCGUCUUUUCACGAUUGA